GUGCAAGGGGUGGGGCUUGUUUAGAGAGAGCCAUUUCCUUGCCGACUAUGUCCACGAUAGACGCUUACAACAGCAGAAAGCAACCUCAAGAAUAAUCACUUUUUAACCGAAUCAGGUGCAACUGGGCCGUACAUCGUCGCGAUGGGCUUGCUGACUAUCCUGAAGAAAAUGAAGCAGAAAGAGCGAGAGAUGAGACUACUAAUAUUGGGUUUGGACAACGCGGGGAAAACCACCGUGGUGAAAAGGUUGAACGGCGAGGACGUGAGCACCAUCCCUCCAACACUUGGCUUCAGGAUCAUAACGUUAGAGCACAGAGAUUUCAAAUUGAACAUCUGGGACGUUGGGGGUCAGAAGUCACUACGCUCCUACUGGAGGAACUACUUUGAAAGCACAGACGGCCUGGUGUGGGUGGUGGACAGUGCAGACAGACAACGCAUGGAGGACUGCAAGCAGGAACUCCAGAAACUGCUGCUGGAGGAGAGGUUGCUCGGCGCUACAUUGUUGGUGUUUGCCAAUAAGCAGGACUUACCUGGCGCGCUGUCUAAAGAGGCAAUACAAGAGGCUUUGGCCCUGAACAACAUUAAAAAUCACCACUGGUGCAUCAUUGGCUGCAGCGCAGUGACUGGGCAGAACCUUUUACCAGGAAUGGACUGGUUGCUAGAAGACAUUGCUGCAAGGAUCUUUACUGUAGACUGAAAUAAGGCUACUUUUGACAAGGACUCAUGCACAACCAUUUUUGUAAUUGCCAUGUAUAUAGUCAAUAAAUACAAUCAAUCA